GAGCUAACCCAUGAGUGGGCGGGGUGAUGGCGGGAGGAGUUUCGCAGCCAAUGGGCUGCAAAAGGAUCGGAGGGAGGUGGGACUUGCCCUAGCCAAUGGACGGGCGCGGCGCCGUUGCCGCUCUAGGCCGCUCCGCCCCAGCUCGCUGGUCCCAGAAGGCGCCGGGUUUCCCAAGAUGGCGGCAGACGUGUCCGUUACUCACCGGCCCCCGCUGAGCCCGGAGCCCGAGGCUGAGGCCGAAGCGGGCAGUGUCGGGGAGCGCAGGGCGCAGGACGAGAAGCUACCGCCGCUAGAUCCCGAAGAGGUGCGGAGCCGCCUGGAGCGGACUGAGCGCCAGUUCCGUAACCGCCGAAAGAUCCUCAUCCGGGGCCUCCCGGGGGACGUGACCAACCAGGAAGUUCAUGACCUCCUCAGUGACUAUGAGCUCAAGUACUGUUUUGUGGACAAGUACAAGGGAACUGCAUUUGUGACUCUAUUGAAUGGGGAACAAGCAGAGUCAGCAAUCCGUGCAUUUCACCAGACCCACCUGAGAGAUAAGGAGCUGUCAGUGCAAUUGCAGCCUACAGAUGCCCUGCUUUGUAUCGCCAACUUGCCCCCAAGCUACACACAGCAGCAGUUUGAGGAGCUGGUGAGGCCCUUUGGCAACCUGGAGCGCUGUUUCCUGGUGUACAGUGAGCACAGUGGUCACUCCAAGGGCUAUGGCUUUGUGGAGUAUAUGAAGAAGGAUUCAGCAGCUCGAGCUAAGUCAGACCUGCUGGGCAAGCCACUCGGCCCCCGGACACUCUAUGUUCAUUGGACAGAUGCCAGCCAGCUAACUCCAGCACUAUUGCAUUCACGUUGCCUCUGUGUUGACCACCUACCCCAAGGCUACAGUGAUGUGGAUGAACUUCGACAGGCUCUCUCUUCUGUACACCCUCCUACCUUUUGCCAGCUUGCAUAUGGGCAGGAUGGACAGUUGAAGGGAUUUGCAGUAUUGGAGUAUGAGACUUCACAGAUGGCUGAAGAAGCUCAGCAGCAAGCAGAUGGGAUGGUCCUGGCUGGGAGCCCUAUCAGAGUCUCUUUCUGUGCCCCAGGUCCCCCUGGCCGAAGUAUGCUAGCUGCCCUCAUUGCUGCCCAGGCCACAGCUCUGAACAGAGGGAAAGGGCUGCUGCCUGAGCCAAACAUUCUUCAGAUCCUCAGUAGUUUAGGCCCCCCUGCGUCGCUACAACUUCUCCUGAAUCCCCUGUUGCACGGCCCUGGGAGUGGAAACAAGCAGGGCCUCCUGGGUGCACCUCCAGCCAUGCCCCUGUUAAAUAACCCAGCUUUGUCUACAGCAUUGCUCCAGCUUGCCCUACAGACUCAGAACCAAGUCCAGCAGAAACCAGGAAUCCUUGGAGACUCUCCCUUGGGUUCAUUCCAGUCUGGAGCCCAGCCUGGCCCUACGCUUCUUGGAGAGUUACCGGCAGGAGGAGUCCUGCCCUCUGACAUGCCCCCAGUUCGAGGAAAGCCACCGUCACUCUUGCCACCCCUGCUGGGUACAGCAGGGGGAGACCGUGAAGCUCUGGCACUAGGGGCUUCAGCUCCUCAGCUCACUCCACCCCCUGCCUCCCUCCGAGGCUCUGUCCUCAGUGGAUUACAGAAGUUGAGUGAGAAUGGGCCCCCACCAUCCUCUGGGGUCUCACUGUUGGGAGAGCCACCCAAGGACUUCAGGAUCCCCCUAAACCCUUAUUUAAACCUUCACAGUCUCUUGCCUACAGGGGGAAGCAGCAAAGCCUUUAACCUGAAAUCCAGCAUGCUGGGCAGUGCUUCCAGCACCCGACUGUCUGCCGAGGCCGGCCUCUCCUCAGAUGGCUAUGGCUUUGACUACCCAUCGGACUUAGGACCACGGCGUAUGUUUUCCCAUCCCCGAGAAUCUGUGGGGCCCAUGCUAGGACCACUUGGGCAUAGCAGACAUAAGGUAACAGCUCCCUUUUGUCCAGCCCAUCCCAUUCUAGCUUUCUUCCACAAUCUCAUCCUGGCCUCUGUUUUCUUGGCUCCUUACAGAUGUCUCCCCCACCCAGUGGAUUUGGAGAGCGGGGGAGUGGAAGUGGGGGGCUUCCCCACUUUUAUUCGGGCUCCCCUACCUCCUACUUUACCAGUGGUCUGCAGGCUGGCCUCAAGCAGAGUCACCUCAGCAAGACUCCCAUGGGUGGCCAGAAACGGGGCUUCUCGCACCUGCUUCCUUCCCCAGAGCCCAGCCCUGAAGGAGGCUAUGUGGGCCAGCAUUCCCAGGGCCUGGGGGGCCACUAUGCAGAUUCCUACCUAAAACGCAAGAGGAUAUUCUAAUGAACCCCUGGCCAGAAUCUUCACCCUACCCUAGGCUGGCAGACUGCUUUUAAAGCCCACUCUUGGAUUUCCAAUUUAAAAAAACAAACAACAAAUUGUAUGUAAAGAACUUGCCUUCUGAACAGGGCCAGCCCCCUUAGACCCAGCCCCUUUCUUCUCAGUAGAAAUGGCUGUGCUAGGGGAUGGGGGUUGUUCCCUCCAAUACCAGCACCUUUUGACACCCUCCCUGGGACCCUGUAGCUCUUGAGGUUCAGUGUUUCAGUUGUUGUGGUGGAGAAGAAGAAAAAUGAGGGGGGUAUCCUCCCAGUAACAAGUAGGGACCAGAUUGGGCAGGGGUCAAGAUGUCUUCUCCCCAUACUCUGGGAUCUAUGUCACUCUUCCAGGGCAAUGUCCUUGCCCUGCCCCACUUUGGACUUUUGGGGGGCCACCAGAGACCCUGUCCCCAAAACAUUGUAGCCUUAAGAGGCCCCCAGGGUUUGUGACCUCAUUCUUGCUUUCUCCUCAGUACCCUUUGCUCUGUGACCCCUUUCUUCAGUGUCUUUUAUUCUCUGUUCAUCCUCUGUCAUCUCGUUGUGUGUCUUGUCUUGCUCUUCUCUUUCUCCUUGGUGUCUCUUGAGAGGCGUCUUGGGCUCCCUGGGUGGUUCCAUCAGGCUGGGCCUAUGCUGGAUCCUGGGGUUUGAGUGCCUUGGACAUCAUGCAGCAGUUCCUUUAGGGAGAUGCUGCAUCUGUAGGUUGCCUUUAAAAUUUUUUUUUUAACAAUUGUUAUUUUCUUGUGUGUGUUGUUGUUUUUUAAUAAGAAGCCAGGAAAAACUCAGCUUCCUGAUUCCCAUGCAUUCUAGGGAGCCCGGGAAGUUCAACUUUUAAUAUUUUCUUUAUGGCUUUAAAUUUCUUAGCCAUAUGUUAGAGGUGAUUUUUGGCCCCUCCCCUUUUUUCUUUUUGGAAUGCUGCAGGUGAGGCUGCCUCCCACCCCCUGCUGCUGCUUCUGGUCUUUUUAGAAAUGGCCCUUUUUCUGUCCCCAGAUGCCUUAAGGCCCUGAGCCUCAGUCCCAGGCCAGUCCAGAGAACUCAGCAUCUGUGGUUCAUUCUGAAGCUGCUGGGGCUACACUUCUCUCCUUAAAACUCAGGACCAAACAAGCUGAGAGAGGAAGGACAGCUUGGGAGGCGAGCCUUUCAGCCAGCCCAUCCUCUUAUCAGCUCAGCUGGAGAGUGACUUUCUGCUGGAUUAUAAAUGCAGCAUUUGCAGAGGUCUCCUUUGAAAUAAAGCUUUAUCUUUCAUUUCACCCAUACUUCGCUCCUAGUUGCUUUUUAUGGUGAAAUUCUUUCGGCCCAACUAUAUCAGCUGGAGACUCCCAGCUUCCCCUAGCUAGCCCUAAGGCCAAAGUCUCCAUGCAGAAUGAUACCUUCUUUAAUGCCCCCAGGGAGAGAAAAGGGCCAUCGCGGGCCUCUGAUUUUAGGGUAGGCUGCCCCCUCUCCCAAACUCUUAAGUGAGCCAACCCCUUCUAGUGCCUCCAUGUGCCCCUGGCACACCACCUCAUACGCCUAUCCCCAAGACCUGCCAUGCUUUCCUCCAUUGCACUCCCACAUUCCCAAUAUUUCUUCCUAAUCUGUACUUUGUCUUUGUCAUCCGAGCUAGACCUAGUUGGACUACCCGUCCCGGGGCUCUGGGCUCAGACUUGCUGUCUUUGAACCAGCCCUAGCUUCCAGGGGCAAGGUUUUCAGUGCCUCCACUGUCUGUCCUACAGGAACCCUGGGUGGGGGGGUAGUAGCUCUGUCCUCGUAAAUAUGACUGUCCCUUGAAAUCUACAUUUGCUGAAUUAAAGUUUUUAAGUAAAAUGAUUUUAACAAAA